CAGAGGCUGUAGCUCAUUCAGGAGCAGGAGAUUCUUAACCUUCCAAUCUGCAUCAUCUUCCCUUCACUGAAGACCGCCGGACUGCCUGCUUCUCUGCUUCUUUCCGCCUCUUUGUUUUCUGCCGCGGUCCUCUCACUGUUUCCUUUAAAUGCUCUUGACUGCCGAGAGGACAGGGAUCCCUCUGCACUCUGCCGCUCACAUCCUGACACCUCUGCGGUGGGAGCGAGUUGGGCAAGAUGACCACUGCAAAGGAAGGGGCUGCUUCAGGGAAAGGGGUCCAACAACAGGAACAGGAACUGGUUGGGAGUAACCCUCCGCAGAGGAACUGGAAAGGAAUAGCAAUCGCACUGCUGGUUAUUCUCGUCAUCUGCUCUCUGAUUGUAACCUCAGUCAUCCUCCUCACUCCAGUUGAAGAUAACAGCCUGGCAUUAAAGGAGAAGGUUACCAUUGAUGAUCUCUUCAAUGAAGAAUUCAAGAUUCAUGAUGUGGAAGCCAAGUGGAUCAGCGAUACCGAGCUGCUGUAUCGUACCUGGGAUGGAAACCUGGAAAGACUGAAUGUGGAAACCAUGGCCACAACACUUCUGAUGACAAACCGGAAAUUUCAAGAAUUUAAAGUCAGCAGAUAUGAAGUAUCACCUGAUAUGAAGUUUGUUCUGCUUGCGUACGACAUUGAACAGACUCACCGCCAUUCCUUCACUGCUCAAUACACACUGUGCAGCCUACACACAUGGGAACAUCUUGCCUUAAACCCACCAGAGGUCAAGAAUGCCCGGUUGCAGUAUGCAGGCUGGGGUGUCAAAGGUCAACAGCUGAUUUUCAUCUUUGAGAACAACAUCUUCUAUCAACUUAACGUUCAUAGUCAAGCCAUACGUCUGGUAGCAACUGGGAAGGAGGGGAUCAUUUUCAAUGGCCUGAGUGAUUGGUUAUAUGAAGAGGAGCUGCUCAAAACCAACAUUGCUCACUGGUGGUCUCCAGAUGGAGCCAGGCUGGCUUACGCCACCAUCAAUGACUCGAGGGUCCCCACCAUGGAAAUACCAAUGUACCUCAACUCCCUGUACCCAACCGGAAGGACAUACCCUUAUCCUAAGGCUGGCCAGGAGAACCCGACCAUCUCCCUCUAUGUGGUGAACUUAAAUGGACCGACGCACACGCGGGAGAUGAUCCCCCCGGAUGACGCGAGGAUGAAGGAAUAUUAUGUUACCAUGGUUACGUGGGCCAGCAGCACCAAACUAGCAGUGAACUGGCUGAACAGGCCCCAGAACGUUUCCAUCCUGACUUUAUGUGAGGCAACGACAGGCAUUUGCACAAAGAAACAUGAGGAUGAAAGUGAAAGCUGGCUGUCUAGACAGAAUGAGCCCCCUCUAUUCUCCAAAGAUGGAAGGAAGUUCUUCUUCAUUCGCCCCAAUCCACAGGGAGGUCGAGGAAAGUUCUACCACAUCGCCAUGUCAUCUGCUCAAGUUAACAACAGUAUUGGUAACUUGCAGUCCAUCACCUCCGGUAACUGGGACGUGACGCAGAUUUUGACAUACGAUGAACUUCAUCAAAAAAUUUAUUUUCUGAGCACGGAGGAUUCCCCAUUACGUCGACAAUUGUACAGUGCAGAGACCAGCGAAACCUUUAACCGCCGCUGCCUAUCCUGUGACCUGAUCCCUAACUGUACGUCCUUCAGUGCUUCAUUCAGCCACAACAUGCGUUACUUCUUGUUAUACUGCAAAGGCCCAGGAGUUCCAAGAGUCACUGUUCACAGCACGAGUGAUAGACACGAAUAUUUUGUGCUGGAGAAAAAUGAGAAGGUCUACAAUGCUACUGAGAGCAAACAAAUGCCCAAGAUAGAGUUCACAGAAGUUCAGAUAAAGGACUACACACUCAAAAUGCAAAUUAUCAAGCCAGCAGGAUUCUCAGAGUUAUCACAAUACCCUUUAUUACUUAUUGUUGGUGACAGUCCUGGUACCCAAAUCGUCACAGAACAAUUCCAAGUCGACUGGACAACAGUCCUCAUUAGCUCAUUCAACGCUAUUGUUGUUAAGUUCGAUGGGCGCGGCAGUGGCUUCCAAGGUACUAAGCUCUUGUAUGAAAUAAAGGGAAAACUGGGAGCGGUGGAAGAAAUGGAUCAAACAGAUGCUUUGAAGAUUCUCUUGAAAGAACCUUACAUUGAUGCAACCAGAGUUGGAGUUUUUGGGCAGGCUUAUGGCGGUUAUUUGACUUUGAUGUUACUUACAACAGAAAACAACCUGGACAAAAAAAAUGCCUUAUUCAAGUGCGGAAUAGCACUUUCACCAAUCACAGACUUUAAAUUGUAUGCCUCCGCGUUCUCGGAACGAUAUCUGGGCAUGCUCAGCAGAACUGAGAGAGGUUAUGGGGUAAGUCCAAAGAAUGCUAAGGUGUCAGAGGUUCCAUAUCGUGUGCUAAGGCUGAAAGAAGAAGAGUUACUGUUAAUCCACGGGACUGCAGAUGAAACUGUCCACUUCCAGCAUACGGCAGACCUAAUAACCCACUUAAUCAAUGCAAAGGCUAACUAUUCUUUGCAGAUAUACCCAGAUGAGGGCCACUUCAUGGAGAAAGCCUCAGUCAAACAGCAUCUGCACAAGUCCAUUGUCCGGUUCUUCGGAAAAUGCUUCAGUGUCCCUGACAAGACCCCGUUAAAAACAGAAAUGGAGGAGGAAGAGGAUGAUUAAACUUUUUGAGCUGGGUGCCAAGCACAAGACAUCUCUUUUAUAGAUACAACUGAUUUUCAUUUUCCAAUACAGUGUUAUGUUAGCAUGUUACAGAGACUGAGAGCAGCUUCACCGAUGUCACAGCUUCAUCAUUGGAAGAGCCUCCAGCAUGAGAACGAAGUCGGAGUGUUGAGUGUUCCAGUGUUACGGACAUCCCCCUUCCCCACCAACCAAAACAAAAUACAGGUCGUGUCAGUUUCUGUCAUUUCCUCAUGUGAUGGGACGCAAGUGGAUGGAUGGCUGAGUGGAGAAUCAGCAGGUACCAGGUCAGAUAGGGGCAAGUGUUGCCCCCCCCCCCAGUCAGUGAAUAAUCUGUCAGGUCCACCUAGAGGUCAGCCACAAUGGCAGCAACACCCAGUACGUCAGCAGACAGUCCUGUUAUUCAUGGCAUGAGGCGGGAAGCAAACAGUGAUAGCGGUUUUAUAGCACAACACGUUUUGACCAGUAGGGGAACCUCCAUCCUUUGUAUUUCAGGAGUCCACCUUCCCGCAUUCAGCCCAUGGUAUCCUCAGGAGUCUAAACUGAAGGCUGAUGCAUCACCCGGCUGAUUGUGCCAGCCGGUCCUCUUCUUUUGUACACCACCUCGGUCCCUAUCUUCAAGGAAUUGGCCAGACCAUGGGCAUUUGCAGUCAUCCGUCCAUUCAAGAGUUAGGCCAUCCCUAUUCUGGCAGGUAAUAAAGGUUCUCCUUCUCAUGCCAAACCUCUGAACCACCUGGGUCUGUAUUACCUGAAUUAUCUAAACUGCCCAUCCCUCCUUCCUUGAGAAUAGCUGUUCUCUUCAUUUUCAUCACAGCUCCAGUUUGUCAGUAACGGUGAAGCCCAGCUGCAACUCAGUGUUUGCUGCUACUUACCUCCACUGCACUGCUGCUACAUGCACUCAGCAGCCACUUUAUUUCAUGCACCUGGGAACCCAGUGUGGUCUUCUGCUACUGUAGCCCAUCCAAUCCAAGGUUCGAUAUAUCGCGUGUUCAGAGAUGCUCUUCUGCACACCACUGUUGAAACGCGUAGUUAGUUGAGUUACUGUCAUUUUCCUGUCAGUUUGAAAUAGUCUGGCCAUGCUCUUCUAAACUCACUCAUUUACAACGCAUUUUCGCCCACCAAAGUGCCACUCAGUGGAUUUUUUUUUUGUUUGUUUCUCGCAUCAUUCUCUGUAAUCGAAAUUCUGCUCAGCGUGAAAAUCCCAAGCGGUCAGCAGUUCUGGAGAUACUCUAAGCACCCCAUCUGGCACCAACAAUCAUUCACACAGUCACUUAGAUCCCAUUAUGAUGUUUGGUCUGAACAACAUCAGAACCUCUUGACCAUGUCCGCAUGCUUUUAUGCAUUGAGUUGCUGCCAUAUGAUUGGCUGAUUAGAUAUUUAUAUUGACCAGCAGGUGCACAGGCAUAAAGUGGACAGAGUGUAUGGCAGUGAUAAUAAACCUGAUUCUGAUACACCUUAUUUGUUCAUGUUAACAUGACAGGUUUCCUGAUGUACUCGUGUUUCAGUUUUCUGAAGUUCAUCUGUGUAUGGAAAGGUGUGUUUUAUUUCUUUGCGCUAUAGCUUCAGGGUUGCUUCCUCCUCCUUCAUACCGUUUCACCAACCUGAGUGCCAUUCCCUGCUGGCAUCUAUUUAAUCCUCUGAGCACCGUCUAGAAAUCGCAUUGCAACUAUUUGCAUGCUCUCUCCAUUUCACAGCUCUCUUGAAGCUAAACUAACAGAACAGAGGAAAAUUGCUCCCAGCUUCCACAGGUAAUUUGCUGCAGCAAAAUACAGAAUGGUAUUAAAUGUUUAAAAACCUGGCAAGAUGGACUACAUGAGCCAAGUUUAUAAGCGAUUUUAAAGAGAAUAUACUCAGUGCUACAUUAUUACAUCGCUCCUGUACCUAAUAAAGUAGCCACUCAGUCUAUGUCCUUCAUCAUCUGCUGCUGUAGCCCAUCCAUGUUAAGGUUCAAUGUGCAAACACGAGGAAAUCUGCAGAUGCUGGGAAUUCAAACAACACACACAAAAUGCUGGUGGAACGCAGCAGGCCAGGCAGCAUCUAUAAGGAGAAGCGAUGUCGACGUUUCAGGCCGAGACCCUUCAUCCUGACCACCCCAUCUGGCACCUACAACCAUUCCACGGUCAAAGUCACCAAGGUCACAUUUCUUCCCCAUGUAGGUCUGAGCAACAGGUGAACCUCUUGAUCAUAUCUGCACGUUUUUAUGCAUUAAGAUGCUGCAACAUGAUUGUCUGAUUCAAUGUUUGCAUUAACGAGCAGAGGUACCUAAUAAAGUGGCCACUGUGUUUAUAGAAAACAGACAAAACUUCAUGUUUCACAACUAUGCUUCAAUGAUUCUGUAAUACACUGACUUUUAGAAGAAUCGUACACCACACAAGCUCAUCUUAUGCUCCAACUCGUCCAUGCCAACCGUGAUGCCAAUUUUUGUGAACCCCAUUAGGUCCCUACUCCUUUCCUGUCCAAAUAUCUAUCCAGAACACCUUUUAAAUGCUGUAACUAUCUCCCUCCUCAGACUUCUCUUUCUAAAUACUCAUGUGAAAAACUUACCCGUCAGUCCUCCUGUCAUCUUAAAUCUGUGCACUCUGGUUCUUGACUUCUCUGCCCUUGGAAAAUGACCUGAUCUAUGCUUCUCAUGAUCUUAUACAUAUCUACAAGGUCACCCCUCAGCCUUCUUCAUUUCGGUGAAAGUGAACCCAGCCUAUUUGUUUGAGAUAUAGUGCGGAGAAGGCCCUUCCAGCCUGUCAGGCUGCACUGACCUAACAAUCUCCCAUUUCAACCCCAGUCUAAUCACAGGACAAUUUACAAUGGCCAAGAAACCUACCAACUGGUAGGCCUCUGGACUGUGGAGCGCCCAAAGGAAACGCACGCAGUCACGUGGAAAACGUCCAAGCUCCUUUCAGGCAGUGGCUGGAAUUGAACCUGGGUUGAUAGUGCUGUAAAGUAUUGUGCUAACCACUAUACUACCAUGCUGCCUCAUAAAUACAACCCUUCAGGCAACAUCCUGGUGACUCUCUUACAGGCAAUUUCUACUGCACCACUUCCUUCCUGUGGUGAGGUGACCAGUGUUACUUAUAAUACUUGGAAGUGUGGUUUUAAGUAAUUGCAACAUGAUAUCACAACUCUCAUAGACAAUGAAACAUUGGAGCAGAAUUAAGUCAUUCAAAUCAUUGAGUCUGCUUGGGCAUUCCAUCAUGGCUGAUUUAUUCUCCCUCUUAAACCCAUUCUCCUGCCUUCUCCCCAGAUUCUUUGAUGCCCAUACUAAUCAAGAACGUAUGAACCUCCACUUUAAUAUACCCAGUGACCGUCUCCACAGCCACCUGUAGCAAUAAGCAUCAGAGAUUCACCAACCUCCGGCUAUUAAAAAAAAAUCCUCCUUAUCGCUGUGCAAAAGGGAUGCCCUUCUAUUCUUCUAUGCCUCUGCCUAUGAAGGCCGCAUAGCAGUUGUCUUUUUCACUACCCUAUCUGCCUGUUCAGUCACUUCCAGUAAGCUAUAGGUUUGCACCCCAAGGUCUGCCCACGCAAGGUCUGAGGAUGUUCUCAAGUUUUUUCAUAGAUGCUCUAAAAAUAAACAGAUUGAGAAAAGGAGCUGCAGAAUCUUGCCCUUUUGUUUAGUGCUCAGAGGAUUAACAAUGCAAACAUUUCCUUUAAUAUUACCUCCUUAGACGCUACAAGUAUUUUGCCCGUUGGUGUAGCAAAUGCAUAAUUUUGCAUCUUUGCACAGCUAACAAGGAGCUGAAAUCUUGACCUUUAACUCAAAACUCUCUCAGUUGAGAAGAUUAUAAAGGUAUUGUUGUAAUUUUACUUUGAACAGUAGGCACCUGGCUACUUCUUAAACCAGUCUCUGCCUCAACAACCUGCUGUUUCUCCUUAGCACUCCCUGUGUACAGAAACCCCUCUCAGUUGCUGACGGUGGCCUAACCCUCCCCCAGUAACCCCUAACUACCAGCAUUCUCAUAAGCGGCAUUCGAGAUCAACCUCACCGACUGUUUCUUCAGUGUGGUGAACACAGGUGUGUGGGAUCUGAGAGGAAGAUGGAGCCAGACCGUCAAAGUACUAACAAACAUCCAUCACUGUUCUGCUGUUACCAUCAAAACUGCUAACAUCGCCAUUGGACGAUCAGCCCUGUGCUAUAACUUUAUAGUUCAGUCGCAUUGACAUGUUAUACAGUAAAUCCUUGCUAAGUAUCAAUAACUAUACUAUAGAUGCAUUUAUACCAGUGCUUUCAACAUUUCAUUUUAACCAAUGCUCUGUAUGUUAAACUGUCUCGCUGUACUCAGUGAGUUGAAGAUAUCAUUUCCUACCAAACUUACUAAAUAAACAAUACUAAUUUCUGA